GGAGCUCUAGAUGGAGCUGUGGGCUGCAGUUCCCACGUAUGCCUCUUCUCCCAGGCAUGCCAAGUUGUCGGCCCUCAGUUCCUCUUCUUGCUGAAGCUGAACACGGCACGGAAACAUCAAGAGAAGUGCCUGGGUCGGGAAGAUAAUGGGGAAGAGUUGCAAAGUGGUAGUGUGUGGGCAAGCAUCAGUUGGGAAGACUUCAAUCCUAGAGCAGCUUCUGUAUGGGAAUCAUGUUGUAGGUUCAGAGAUGAUUGAAACCCAGGAAGACAUUUAUGUGGGUUCCAUUGAAACAGACCGGAACAUGCGUGAACAGGUGCGUUUCUAUGACACCCGAGGCUUGAGGGAUGGAGCUGCCCAGUGUUUGGAGCUGCCCAAGCAUUGCUUCUCCUGCACGGAUGGAUAUGUGCUGGUUUACAGUAUUGACAGCAAGGAGUCCUUCAAGAGGGUGGAGAUUCUCAAGAAGGAGAUAGAUAAAAAUAAGGAUAAGAAGGAGGUAACUAUUGUGGUCUUAGGCAACAAAUGUGAUUUGCAGGAACAGCGGCGUGUGGACCACGACAUAGCCCAGCACUGGGCCAAGGUGGAGAAAGUAAAACUCUGGGAAACCUCAGUUGCCGACCGCCGGAGUCUCAUUGAGCCCUUUGUCUACUUGGCCAGCAAAAUGACACAGCCGCAGAGCAAGUCCACCUUCCCGCUCAGCCGCAAGAACAAAAGCAGUGGUUCUGUGGAUGGAUGAAACCCACAAAUGUUGGACCCACCACUGCUGGUAAAAAAUGUAUGCAUGCAGGGCAGGGCUGGCCUUGCCGCAGAGCAGACACUAGUAGCAGUUUCCAGAUGAGGCACUUCUUUUCUUCCUGCAGUCUCUAUCUCUGUGUCAUUUGUUUUGGUUUUGCUAAAAAGAACUCUCCAAAUCCAGAGCAGGACGGUAGAACUUUUUCUUGACUUUUCAGUUAAAAUGAAAAAAAAAAAAAUCAAGCAAAUCAUACCUGCAUAAGUCCAGUGCCUGGUGUAUUUUGUAGUAAAAAUGGUCAAUAGAGCGCAUUAAAGGUUGGAUUUUUAACCUUCUUUUGCUCAGGCUAUUUUUUAAUUUUAAUUUUCAAAGAACCUGCAUUUUAAAACUGGAAAUUGGUGUUAGGGGUACUAAAUUGUAUUCUUGAUUUGGAACCUGAAGGGUAGCACGGUAGAGAAGAGUGCCUUCCCGGAAAUAUCUCUGUGUUGGUGGCAGAAAAGGCAAUUAAAGCAGGCCUAUCUUCUGAUCUUAAGUUGUGGGAAAGGGAGGGAUGGGCCAUAGGUAUAGCAACAUGGAGAGGAAGAAGAAUGGAACGUUUCUUCAUUCAGUACUGAAGCCCUCCUGGCCAAGCUAAUCCACCAGCUUCCAUGUUCCUGAGUUAGCAGAUUCUAGAAUGGUUUUAGAUGCUGGCUGUACUUCAUAAGGAGACCAAUUUGUGGAGAAGAGGGAAAUAUACAGAGAAAAAGUGGAAUAGAAACUUGUGGAGAAGCAGAUUAUCCACCAACAGAAAGUAAGUUUGGGGAUAAUUGAUUUUAGUGAUCUUGUAUAUAAAAUUAACUCCUUGAUCUGAAUUUGAUUGUUUUGUGAAUGUCUCUUCCAAACACCAUGACCUUGUUUUCCUGAUCUGGAUAAUGGAUGUUAACAACUCUUAUAAAUGAUAUCAUGAUAAAAUGGAUUCAACUCAGACUAAAUCUGUUAUCCCAUAAUGUAUUGAGACUGACCUCCAAGUAAACUUCUUUAGAAAUUUC